UGUGUGUGUUUCUUCUUCAGCUAAAUUCUUCUCCUUUCCUUUUUCGGCCAUGGGCGGCCAUCAUGGGAUGGGCGGCCCGGGGCAUUACACGGAAUAAUCACAGGAAUAAGCUCGAUUAAAAUUGCCACCCACUUGGAAUGGGAGUUGAUCAGCCGGUGAGUCGAAUUGAAAACAAGUUUUGGGAGACAUUUCUGGGUGAUUUUGUUACCCACUCUUGGGUUUGUGGCAGUUUCAGUUGACUCCAUUAUUACCACUCAAUUUGAUUAGGUUCUUCUCAGGUUUAAAAAAAUGAAAUGACUCAAGGAAAAUCGUCGUCUAAUAGAGUCACAGGUAUUGGUACUUUUACGGGUACUAAGCCAGUGGGAGCGAUGCCUACUAAAGCCACCGAAGAGGACGGACUCAAGCGCAAGGAAUUGGAACUCAAGCGGUUGAAGGAAAAAGAAGAGGAGGCUGCUCGCAAGCGUGAAAAGUAUUUGAAAGCCAAGGCCGAGGAACAAAAACAGGAACACGAGACUCGAGCGAAACGUGCCUUGGCGCAGCGCACCCUAAUCACUAAACAACACACAGAGGAACAGAAACAAAAACUGGAGAACAAAGAAGAAAAGAGUGCCCGCUUGAAGCAGAAAAUACAAGCUGAGAACCAGGAGAAGGCAGAAAAGUAAGGCGUUGGUGAUUGAGUGACAAAGUUAAAUUAAAUUAAUCCAAUUCUCUUUGUACAGCGUCCGGAUAGCUCUUCUGCAAAGACAACAAGAUGCCGAACAGCGCCGCAAGGCCGAAGAACUAAAAAAGCAACAGGAAUGGGAGGAAGAACAACUUCGUUUGCAAGCCGUUAAGAAGGAACAGGAGGAACAAGAAAAGCAAGUUAAGUUGAGGUUUGAAAUUCAAAUGUGUUUUUGCUCUAACGUUUCAAGUAUUUUAUGCCAAACGUGUUUGAAUUCUCAGGCAAGCUGAGGUUGAAAAAGCCAAGACCAAGAAGGGCAAACUUUUCAAUCCCGAUAACUAUGAUAUCGGUGAUGUGCGCUCAGAUUUCUCUUCCGAG